AUGGUGGAGUCGAAUGAGAAGAUUAAUAAGCCUUCAGGUGUAAUCAAAAGGAGAGGCAGAAGAGCCUUGAGAGCAUGUGAUGGUUGUCGAAGGUUGAAGACAAGAUGCAUACCAUCGCCAUUACCAAAUGAAAUUCAAUGUCUCAGGUGUGAUUCUCUCAAAAUUCGAUGUUCAUUUCAAGACUUACUGGAGGAUACAGAUAGUGCAGAUGAAAUUUGCGUUCAAAAGACCCCACAAGUUCAGCCGCUUCAUGAAUCGGCAGAAUGGACGAAGCGUCUACUAAAAAGCGGCUACUCGACAGAUGAUCUGGCUCUUCACUCCAAACUUUUACACGCCAUCAAUGAAAAUGUACUCAAAGUCAUUGACAUGAUGGAAGGAAGUAAUAAUAGCCAGCUGUCCGUGGGGGCUUUACCCAAGGCACGCACUAUUGACUCUGCUCUCAUAGACGCAGUCAAGAUGAUGGCGUCGACGAGUAGUCAAACACUUAUACCAUCUAAUCCAAGCACUUCGCAAUCCAGGUGUGGAACGCCUAUUUUAGAUGACUCUCUGCUUAAAACGGAGCAGCGUCAUUUUGCUCCCUAUCUGGCAAGCCCAUUCACGAUGGUAUCGCAGAUGAUAUCUCGUGAUAAUUUGCCUCUGCCUAUUUUCAAAUUGCAUGAGUCUGAUAUGUUGCAACAAGAUCCACUAGAUGAUAUCGUUACGUUGAAUUUAGUGACGCUGGAGGAAGUCCACUGGCUGAUGCAGGAUUUCAGAGAUCGGUACGGUAAUUGGUGUUCGUUUCCUGAAACAAUUUCCACUGAGAAGCUCGUUUCGAAUAUUCGUUCCCGGAACGCUUCACUUUUACUGAGUGCAUCAUGUGUCAUGGCACUCCGUUAUACGGUUAAAUACCAUGAUUUGAAAACGCGAGUGUAUAAGAACUUGUUGUUCAAACUGAAAUCCGAUUUGGAGACUUCAUUGAAAUGUGUUCCACAAACCACAGAGUUCAUUCAGGCUAUUGUCAUCCUUUCAAUCUAUGCCUCAUCAUUUAGCAGUGAUAUAAUGUCGGUUGAUGCUUGGUACCUCUCGGGGAUAGGUUUGCAACAAUAUCUGACCAGAAAUAUUGCAGAUGCACUUCUGCGAUCUGUGAACGAUAAAGCAACUACCUCAGAGUUUUUCUCUUUUGGAAUAUCCAACAAUUUGGUAUCUCCUCAGGAAAACAUAUUUGAUCAAGAUAUGAGGUUCGAGAGACUGACAUCCUUCAGAUUAUGGAACCAUUUGUGCCUGGUGCACAUUACACAUUGCGUAUUUUCCGGAAGGAUGUGUAUUGUUGAUGAAGUAAGAGCUGACUUGUGCCGGCGCACGUUAGAACUGUCCAAUUCUACAAAUUUUGAUGGAAGAAUGGUGGCGGAGAUCAGUCUUCAACUUAUUGUUUAUAAUUUCAUGCAGCAAUGCAACACGGAAAUUAUAGGAAAGCCUUCAAACGAUCCGACGGCUUUUGACACAGUUAUUGAUGAAUUAAGAGAUUGGAUUGAUGAAUGGGGAUAUCUCUUUUCCCAACCAAUACAACCCACUACGCAGUAUGUCGAAUUUGCCUAUCAUUACGGGUAUGCUACAGUUCUUUACACCUGGUUCCACAAAUGCUACAGGUUGGCAAAAUCUCAGGUUGGUAGAAAAGAAUUGAAAUCUCAAGAGUCGCAAGGAUUAAAGUCCGCGAAAAGAAGUGCAGUUGGCGAAUAUCUUAAUUCCCAGUAUCCAGUUGAGGAGGUGAUCGGUGCAAUACCCCAUGAAAAGCAACUGGAAAUGCUGGAUCAUGCUCACAGAUCAGUCGAAACUAUGAUAAACGAUAAUUUCUCAAGUUUUAGAUACUUGUCUGAUCAGUUAUUCUUUUCAUGUAUGCAUUGCUCGCUUAUCUGUUUGAUGGUAGCACAUAGUCUUUAUCACGCUGAAGAAUGCCAACUAAAGGAUUCGCACCUAGAAAAGAUUCUCACAGAUGUUAAAAAGUUCAGUCUCCGUUUACAGAAAAUUAGAGAAGGUGAACUAAAAAGCUUUUGGGUGGAAGAGGUCGAUUUGAAAGUUCCAAGCGUUAUAUUGCAAUAUCACAAAGCUAUCGAAAGCUGCCUUCAAGAUAAAUUUCCAGAGUACGAAAUAAAUGUAGAUGAUGAUUUAUAG